AUGGAUUCGAGUUCGGAAUUAUACCAACAAGAAGAGAAGAAAGUCAUUUCAGUUUGUGAGUACGUUGCUAAUAUGUUAAGAGAGUCAUUUCAAUGUCUCACCGUUAUCCUCCUCAGCUUUCUCCUACCUCUUUCCUUCAUCGUCCUCGCGAGGUUGUCAGUAACGCAAUAUCUCAUUUCCACGUCAUCUUACAAGGGCCCCGAUACACUCCUUGUUAGGCUCUACCUCUAUGCCAAUCCUACUCUUCUUCACCUACUAGCUCCAUAUGUUAGCAUUUCUGCUUUGUCUCAGUGCUUGACAGGACGGACUUCGUCUGAUCACAUGAUAACUAAACCUCUUGUUUGUGCUUCGUGGAUUUUGCUCUUCGCGUUUCAAAUUUGCGUGUGCAUAGGCGUAGAAGGUAGCAUAGCCGUUGGAAUAGAUGGUACUGGUUUUAGUCGCGAGAGACUGUGUCUGCUGACGAGGAGUUUGUUUUUCUUGGGAUUGCAUGAGACGACAUUGUUUUGGUCGAAGAAAGUAGUGAAGCCGGUUGUGGAUGACACGGUUUUUGGAGAUGGCACGGAGGAUAGGUAUGUCGAGAAUGUGGCUAUGGCUAUGAGUUUCGGUGUGUUGUGGUGGUGCAAAUUGAGGGAUGAAGUUGAGUCUUUAGUGGUUGUAGUUGAGGUGAAAAGGGACUUGAUUGGUAAUGUUGAUUUGGUUGACUUUGUUGGUUGGUGGUUGUAUUAUGUGACUGUGGCAAUUGGUAUGGUUAAGGUUGUUAAGGCACUUGUUUGGCUAAAUUUUGUGUUGUUUUGUAGGAAUGUGGUUGAUUCAGAACUAAGUUGCGCGGACUCUUCACUUUUCAUGCCUCACCCAUGUCGGAUUCUCCAAAAAUACACUAUUUUUGGCCAAUCCGACACGCAUCCGCUGACAUUUUUGAAGAAUCCGAGCAACAUAGAUUCAGACAAUGCAGGCUGUUGUACAAGAAAUGAUGACAAGGUCUGA